CGAUAAAAACGCGGCGGGCGAGAAUGUCCUGAGCUGCCCUUCAUCUUCCCGGAGGAAACCCUAACAUGAGACGGGGGAGAAAGUGUGCCUAUAAAUAAGACUGACUGGGACGGCCUUGGCCCACAGACAUAUGGGGACACGAAAAAGCGUGUGCGCAGCAUUUGGGGAUUUAAAAAAAAAAAUUGCCCGUUAGAAGAUCCCAAUGGGAGGAUGAUCUUUACUGCCAUAACUUGGAGAGUGUUCAUGUAUAAAGUGCAUGGAGGGAUGGAUAGUCAUGUUUUAAUAUAUUCACUUUCCAUUUUUGCCACAAGAACUUUUUUUCUCAAAUGUGACAUCACACCUUUUGUCAUUGAACAAUGACAAGUAAUCCAGUAAAGUCUGGGGAAAAUAGAAGUAAACGUAAAAAGGAGGCGGAGAAUGAAGCUUCAGAAAAUCCACAGUUGUCUUCUUUUGGAAAAACAGAUGUGCUUCUUUCUGAAGGCUCCCAGACAGAUCACAAAAUUGAAAGCUUGGAAAAAGUGUUAAAUGAUACAAGCAAAGAAAUCAAUGUUCUGCUAUCAAAAUAUGCCCAUAUUUUAAGCGAGAGAGCAGCAAUGGAUGCUUCCUAUGUAGAGGAGCUUGAAGGAAUCUUGAAAGAAGCUAGUUCCAUUGAAAAUCACUUGAAGUCAAAAAGGGAGCGUCUGAGGCACAGAUUUGCAGCAAUUACAGGCACGUUGCAAAAUGAAAAUGGAUUAGCAGACAAAUGACCUGAAAUUGAGUGGCACAGACUGCACAUUUAGAGUUGUAUAUUAGCUGCACGCAAUGAAACCCUUUUGUAUAUCUUGAUUCUUGUGAUUAUUUUUAUUGAUUCAAGAAAUAUAUUAAAUUUAUUAAAAUAUAAACCAAGA